CCAACAUCUCUCCUUUGGAACAAUGAUUCACAAUAAUGCAAAGUUAUUUUUGGCUAAUACAGUUGGAAGUAUUUGGGGUCAACUAAAUGCUAAGUUACAGUAAAGCCAGAUUGAUCUUUUACUUUGGCAAAUUCCUGACUGCACAGAUGGACCUUGCUUUGCUCCCUGAAGGCUCAUGGUCCUAAGCUUGACUAAAGCAUUAGAGGAAAUUAUGGAGGAUUAAGGGGGGAAAAAGGAAAUUGGAGAUUUGCAGCCUGAGAUCUAGUCAGGCAAGGCUUUAACCAAAUUCUCCUCUCUGACAUUAAUAUGGUUUGACAUUAAUCACUAGCAUCUAUUCAGUGGUGGUGUGCAACCCUUUUGCUGGAACGGAACUUUCUGAAUGGCAUGGUUCCCCUUUCACAUCUCCUCUGGUCCCUAUUUAUACCCCCUUUCCCCUUCUUAUCUUUCUAAAUUUGUAAUCAGAUACAUGCUAAUGGUGGCAAUCAUGGGACCUCAAUAUUAUCAAAGCAGCACAGUUUUACGAGGUGUCUCUGCUGAGUCUCUUGGCCCAUUCACCCUCUCUUUUAAAGUGGAAAGCAAAGGUUUCCAUCUCUACAUACUUUGCAUCUUUGAAUUACUCAAAGAAACAGUACAGGGAGGAUUACAUAGGCCUGGGGUGAAUCUUGGCUGUGCCAUUUCACAUCCGUGUGUCUUUGGAGUAAAGGUUAAACCUUUCUAACAGUUGGUUUUCUCAUCUGCAAAAUGGGGUUUCUAAUAAUACCUACUGUGUGAGACAACCACCUUUUAAACUGCCAUACUGAAAGAGCUCAGGGAUGUCAGUUUCAUUGUCACAUGUCUUCCAUUUUGCAUAAAUUAGAAUAAUUUUCCAUAUUUGUCUCACCCAAUUGGAAUAGAAACCCAUUAAAAUCCAUUAAAAACCACUGCUUUUCCUUUCUAUCCCUCUUCUCCCUUCAGUGCAGUGCCUUGUGUAUUUUGGGGACUUUAUAUUGUUUCUUCUUGAAUAGAUCUUCCCAGUGGCCCUAUUGUUGGGCCAUUUUACUCAAACAAAUUCAGGGUGAUAACUAAGUUGUCCCAGGUUAUUCAGAUGCUGAGUGUCCAGGCUAGGAUGGAGUCAAGAUGGGACUGAGUUGUUUGCAUCUUCUAGUAUCCAAAACCCAGCCAAAUGGCCAACUUAGGGACCUGCUCAGGCUUGUACUAGGACUCUCUCAGCUCAGCCAGGCAGGACAAUGCAGGUUGCAUUCCAAUCAGUGGCUUUUUUUUUUCAAUUUUUUGUUAAGGUAUGAUUGAUAUACACUCUUAUGAAGGUUUCACAUGAAAAAAUAAUGUGGUUACUACAUUUACCUGUCAGUGGCUUUUUGGUUAAAAGACACAGCUUUGGAGUCAGACCUGGGUUUCAGUCUGGUUUCAUCACCUACUAGAUGUGUGAGCAGGAGGAACUCCCUUGUGAGCUUCAGCUUUCCCACUGUGAUAUGGGAAUAAAUCCUCUUCACAGGGUUGUGAGGAUGAUGUGAGGCUGAAAAAGUUAUCAUCCCAGAAGAACUGACUACUUCUAUUCUAAUGUGGCAUUCAUGCCUUCAUUCCCUCAUAGAUUUUUCAGACAUUACUGGGCAUCCAGGCACCAUCGGAUACAAGAAAUAGAAUACUAAGACAUUGUCUUUGUCCUCAGAACUCUGAGGACAGUAAAUUUGUUCCAAAGAGCCAAAGGAGGUGACAUUGCAGAUGUGAAUAAAAUGAAAAAACUUGGAAGAUUAUACCUGGAAGGGACUGGAUUUGCUGCCAUUAGAUAAAAUUCAAAUGGAGGAAAAAAUUACUGUUAGAAUGAUUGGAUUUAAUGUGGAAGAGUAAAUUAAACUAUUUCUAAAAAUUCCAUUUUGGGGAAGUGGGAACACUGGAGAAAAGUUGGCUUUUAAGCAUCCUACCUUUUUGCUCACUAAUACUUGAACUAUUCAGUACAGGGAAAGAAGCAGAUAGCUGUGAAUCCACUCGGCUAACUUUAGGGCACUCCUGCUUGGACAAGGUGCUGUGCAGACUAUGCGCUGGGCCAGGGCAGUUUGCCUUUCAGAAGCUUAUGGUAGAGUUGGAUAUACUGGUGGGAAGUGGACAUGGUGGUGAAUGAAGACAACUGCACAAAAACCCAGAAUAUGAGGUAGGAGACGGAAAGGGCCCUCAGAGACAAUGUGAAGUAAGGCAGCUGGAGCUUGGGUAGGGGAAAGAAUUCCUUGCUUGGUGGUCCGAUCAGCUGCAAGCCAAGGAAUGCCUGGGAGCACAAGAAGCUGGAGGAGGGAGAAAGGACUCUCCCCGAAGCCUUCCAAGGGAGUGUGGUGCUGCCAGCGUCGUGACUGUAGGUCUUUAGCUGCCAGAACUGCAAGAGAACACGUUGUUUUAAGCCACAAAUUUAAUGGCAAAUGUCAGCCACUCUAGGAAAUAGAGUACUUUGAGUUAUUUAGGGCAACUUACUUAGCUUCUAUAAGCCUCAAUUUCUUCAUCUGAAAAAUAAGGAUAUAAGCCAUCUCAAAGCAUUAUCAUGAGGAUUAAAGUGCUUUAUUUAUUGUCUAUCCAAGAGAUGGGCUGUGAGUAAACCCGAAGACCAGAUGGGGUGCAGUCGUAGAACGCAUGUUUCCAGGCUCAGUAUGACUUGGUUCAGGAGGCAGUGCAGGUGUUUGAAUAUUUCCAAACAGGGAUGUGAUGGAUCAGUGGUGCUGCUUCUGGACACUGUCCAGAGAGAACUGACCUGACUGAAGCCAGAAGGCAUGGGACCCCCUCCAGGAGACCAGUGAGGAAGGGCCAGUACCUCGCCUAGAGUCCUGAGUAACAGCUGCAGGCAGAGGAAGGAAGUCAUUCGUCGGGAGACAUCCACUCAGAAAGUCCAUUGGCGUGUGGGUUGGGUCUACCAAGUGCACAGAACUGGAAGUGGUCAAGGUUUUGGACAAGGAGUGCAAUGAGGCCUGCUGCCUCCCACAGCCUGAGAGCAGUGCACAUGACAGAGGGAAAAGGGCAGCACAGCCGGUCAGGCCCAAGGGUUAGGGCAGGCCCUGGUUACAGGAUCACUCUGGAAUGAGGGUGUGGACUUGGGACUGCCUGGAAAAUGGCCGCAGAACAAGAGACCCUAAACCACCACGAAUUGUCAAGUAACUCCUGAGGGAAUACGGCAGUAAACACCGGAUACUUGCUUUUCUCAGAAUAUGGCUAGGGAAAAAUGCACGCAAACCACAGACCUGAGCUUUUUAGCCAAGGAGUGCUGCUGUGUGUGUGCAUGUGAACGUGUGCGUGCAUGUGUGUGUGUGUCCAGGGGUGUGUGUCAGGAAGUGGGUAGAGGUGGGGACGAGAGGCCUCACAGGUAAAGGAGAAGUAGGCAGAGCACUACAGCGCAAAUAGCGAAUGGGCUCUCAUCCUGCUGCACUUCCUUGGUUAUUCCAAAAACGGGGCUGCUGCCCGUGGUCUUACUUCAGCAUCUGCCAAGGAACCUGAGUAGUUAAGAGGUGCAGGCCCUUUCUGAGACUGAAGACAGGUUGUAAUUUAAGUUUGCUGGGAUUGUGCUCAAGAGUUUGAAUAAAGAAAACGACAGUGAUGCAAACCCAGCUGCACUGCUUAUGUGUCCUUAUACUUUAUUUGACAACUGGAUAUGGCCAAGAAGGGAGGUUUAGUGGACCCCUGAAGCCCAUGACAUUUUCUAUUUUUGAAGGCCAAGAAUCGAGUCAAAUCAUAUUCCAGUUUAAGGCCAAUCCUCCUGCUGUGAAUUUCAAACUAACUGGAGAGACAGAUGACAUAUUUCAGAUACAACCAGAUGGACUUCUGUAUCGCAACAGAGCCCUGGACAGGGAAACAAGAGCUGUUCACCAACUCCAGGUUGCAGCUCUGGAUGCUCAUGGAGCUACAGUGGAGGGCCCAGUCCCCAUCAUCAUAGAAGUGAAGGACAUCAAUGACAAUAGACCCGUGUUUCUUCAGCCGAAGUAUGAAGGCUCAGUAAGGCAGAACUCUCGCCCAGGAAAGCCCUUCAUGUAUGUCAAUGCUACAGAUUUGGAUGAUCCAUCUACUCCAAACGGUCAGCUUUUUUACCAGAUUGUCAUCCAGCUUCCCAAGGUCAACAAUGUCAUGUACUUUCAGAUCAACAACAAAACAGGGGCAAUUUCACUUACCCGAGAAGGAUCUCUGGAAUUGGAUCCCAUUAAGAAUCCUUCCUACAAUCUGGUGGUCUCCGUGAAGGACAUGGGAGGCCAGAAUGAGAAUUCCUUCAGUGUCAGCACGUCGGUGGAUAUUACAGUGAAGGAGAAUAUUUGGAAAGCACCAGAACCUCUGGAGAUUGUAGAAAACUCGACUGAUCCUCACCCCAUCAAAGUCACUCAGGUGCGGUGGAAUGAGCGAGAUGCACAAUAUUCCUUAGUUGAAAAGGAGAAGCUGCCCAGAUUCCCAUUUUCAAUCAACCAGGAAGGAGAUAUUUAUGUGACUCAGCCCUUGGACCGAGAAGAAAAGGAUUCAUAUAUUUUUUAUGCGGUUGCAAAGGAUGAGCAUGGAAAACCACUUGCAUUGCCACUACAGAUUCAUGUGAAAGUUAAAGACAUUAAUGAUAAUCCACCUACAUGUCCAUCUUCUUUGACUAUAUUUGAGGUCCAGGAGAAUGAAAGAAUAGGAAGCAAUAUUGGGACUCUUACAGCCCAUGACAUGGAUGAAGAAAACUCUGUCAACAGUAUUUUAGUAUACAAAAUUGCAGAGCAAACCCCAAGAUUUCCUGAAGAAGGACUCUUCCUGGUCCAAACCUACUCGGGAAUAUUCCAAUUAGCUAAGCAUUCCUUGAGGAAGCAAGACACUCCAAAAUACCACUUGGUUGUGAACGUGUCUGACAAAGAUUUCACGACCCGCUGUCACGUGCAAAUCAACGUUAUCGAUAUCAAUGAUCAGAUACCGAUCUUUGAAAAAUCAGAUUAUGGAAACUUGACUCUCUCUGAAGACACGGCUGUCGGGUCUGUCAUCUUAACCAUCCAGGCCACUGAUGCUGAUGAGCCAAAUACUGGAAGCUCUAAAAUCCUGUACCGUAUUACAGAGGGAGACAGUGAGGGAUGCCUGGGGAUUGAAACAGAUCCCCAAACCAACGCUGGAUAUGUCAUGGUUAAAAAGCCUCUUGAUUUUGAAAAAGCAGCUCUUCACAACAUUGUGCUCCAUGCGGAAAAUCCUGAGCCACUGGUGCCUGGUGUAAAGUACAAUGCCAGCUCUUUUGCCACGUUCACACUUACUAUAACAGAUGUGAAUGAAGCACCCCAAUUUACCCAACAUGUAUUCCAAGCACAAGUCAGUGAAGAUGUGGCUAUAGGCACUAAAGUGGGCAACGUGACUGCCAAAGAUCCGGAAGGUCUUGACAUAAGUUACUCACUGAGAGGCAACAAGAGAAGCUGGCUUAAAAUUGACCCCGUCACUGGUGAGAUCUUUACCGUGGCUCCGCUGGACAGAGAAGCUGAAAGUCUGUAUCGGGUACAAGUGGUGGCAACCGAAGUAGGUGGAUCCUCCUUGAGCUCCAUAGCAGAUUUCCACCUGACUCUCACGGAUGUGAAUGACAACCCCCCUCGACUAGUCAAAGAGUACACAGGCUUGUUCCUCUGUUACCCACUCCAAGCACCCGGAAGUCUCAUUUUCGAGGCCACUGAUGAUGAUCAAGUGUCAUUUCGAGGUCUACAUUUUACAUUUUCCCUUGGCAGUGAAAGCUUACAAAAUGACUGGGAAGUGACCAAAAUCAAUGGAACUCAUGCCAGACUCUCUACCAAGCACACAAACUUCGAGGAGGGAGUUCACCACAUUCCAAUCCGCAUCAGUGAUGGUGGCCGCCCACCCUUGGAAGGGACUGUCUCUUUACCUGUUACUUUCUGCACAUGUGGGGAAGAAGGUUGUUUCCGGCCAGCAGGUCACAUGCCUGGGAUGCCCACUGUGGGCAUGGCGGUUGGUAUACUCCUGACCACUUUAUUAGUCAUUGGUAUAAUUUUAGCAGUGGUGUUUAUCCGGAUAAAGAAGAAUAAAGGCAAAGAUAAUGUUGAAAGUGCUCAGGCAUAUGAAGUGAAACCUCUGAGAAACUGAAUUUAAAAAGGAAUGUUUGAGUUUAUGUACCAAGUGCUAUUUCAGUAACAACCAUUCAGUCCCAUAACUUUACUUUUUAUCCAACAUGUGCACUGUAAUUUUUUACAGAUAUACCCUCUUGCCCUUUAAUAUUUUAUUACUCUUUGAUAUUUCAUGUGCUAUAGACAUGACAGAUGUUUUCCACUUUCCCAUGACACUCUUCCCUUCUGCAAAAGCCAUAGCUAUUUAUCCAAAACCAAAAAUGUAUGUGUUUUUCCCCCUCAGGGAAAGAUGGGCUGAUGAAAUAGUCUGUUCAAUUUUCUUCACCACGGAGAUUUAUCAGUCACCCACCACAGAACUUUCUGGAUUCCACUUAUGCUUUUUCUGGUCCAUCCUGUGUCCCCUUCUUCACAUCUCCUUUGGCAUUUCACUAAUUUUAAAACAUCUGUUGGAGAAAAGAACAAAGCAAAGCCUCAGGAAAAAAUUAAAGAGGAGACGUGUCCCUUAUCUUGAACAGAAACUCUUCAGUGUUGUUAACCUUCUUGAGCUCAGUGUGGCUUAUGCAGGGCUUCUUUUGAGUUUUUUCCACUUGGGAAUGGCACAAGCCCCACACAGACCACACAGAAGCCCACUUCAUGAUCCUUGGUGUGGAAGCCAGCCACUGACAGGGCUUACUCACUCCCUACCGUGCUUGCAUGCUGCGCAUGUUUUCUUUGUGUGUAUAGUAAUAAAGUUUUGGUUAUUGUAUAUUUAAUGGUAGAGGAAAAUAAGGAAGCAUGAAAGAAGUGGGGACAAAAAUCCAAGAAUAAACGUUGGCUGUGGUUUUGUUUCUCGGA